CAGCGCGGCCGAAGUGGGAUUUUUGCGAGAAGCGGAGAAUUUGGCUCGGCAAAGCCAAAGACUGACUGCCGCAAUAAAUAAACGCCUCUUAGGUUUUGCAUUUCCACCGAUCAAUCUCUCUCCCUACCUCGUCCCCGUCACACAGUAGCUCAACACUUCUCUGUGUGGCUCAGCUCAACCCUAGAGUUCUUGCUGGGUUAGCUUUUGCUUCUGCGGAAAGAAAAAGAGGCAAAGAUGAAGAAUCCAUUGGUCUUUAUGGAUGUAUCUAUUGAUGGAGACCCAUUUGAAAGAAUGGUAUUUGAGCUUUUCUUCGAUAUUGCUCCAAAGACGGCGGAAAAUUUCCGCGCUCUUUGCACAGGAGAAAAAGGAGUUGGGCCUAAAACUGGGAAAGCUUUACACUACAAGGGUUCUUUCUUCCAUAGUGUUAUAAAAGGAUCCAUGGCUCAGGGAGGCGACUUCUCAAAAAGAGAUGGCUCUGAUGGAGAAAGCAUUUAUGGUGGAAAAUUCCCUGAUGAGUCUCCAAAGCUGAAGCAUGACGAGCCAGGCCUUCUAUCCAUGCCAAUAGCUGAUCGUGAUACCUUAGGUUCUCAGUUCAUUAUCACAUUCAGGGCUAAUCAUAGCCUGGACAGGAAAUACUUGGUGUUUGGGAAACUCGUGCAAGGAUUUGACGUUCUCAAGAAAAUUGAAAGUGUAGGCGACCAAGAAGGGAAACCCACAGUGACGGUCAAAGUUAUCAAUUGUGGUGAACUAGAUGAUAAGAAGAAAUCUGAUAAACAGAAAUCAGGCAGGCAUGCCUCUCCUGAUGCUAAUAGUAUGGAAACAAAGAAGAAGGGGAAGCACAAAAGGUCUUCAAAGAACAGAAAGAAGAAGAGAAGAAGACAGUAUUCAUCGGAUUCUGAGAGUUCAUCAGAUUCCGAGAUGGAGUCGUCCGAGUCUGACAGUGAUUCUGACUCAUCUAUGUCCUCAUCUGAGCUUAGUUCAUCCAGUGAUGAUAGACGCAAGAAGAGGAAGAGAUCUUCCAAAAAAGAUAGACAUAGACGUGGGAAGAAAAGAGAUAAACAACGUGAGAGAAGACGGAAGAGACAUGAAAAGAAGUCUAAACGUAGAUCAAGAAGGGAUUCAAAUAGCUUGUCAGAAGAUAAAGGUGGAAGCGGGAGCGAUAGUAGCACUGGUGAUGAAAGCUUUGAUAUGCAAGGAAAAGAACGAAAGCGUAAAGAACGGGGGCACAAAACUGGUCAGUCUUCUGAUGUAUUAGAGGGAGAUGCUGAUGCUGCUUCCCUUUCACGUAAAAGAGAUCAUGGUAUGCUUAGCAAGGAAAAUGGUGAAUCUCCCAAGCAAAAUGGAGACAGGCAGGGCAGAGCUGUUGUUGUGGACGCAAGAUCUGGCAGAAGCGAGGACGGUCAACCUGAUGUGGUAGAUGAUCACCCUGGAAAAUCUAGGAGCCGAAGCAUGAGUCCCAAGAGGGCCAUGAGUAAGAGUAUGAGUAUUAGUCCAAGGCGAACUAUUAGCAGCAGGAGCCCAAGCAUUAGUCCUAACAAGAGGAUUAUGAGCAGGAGCUGCAGUGCUAGCAGAAGCCCCCCUCCAAGGAGUGCCAGCAGAAGUCCUGCUAGAAGUGGGAGUGGUAGCAGAAGUCCAGUGAAAAGUGUUUGCAGGAGCAUAAGCAAGAGCCCGGCUAGAAGUGUGAGUAGGAGUCCGUCAGGAAGAGCUGCUGGAAGCACUAGCAAGAGCCCAGCUAGAAGCACGAGUAGGAGUCCGUUAGGAAAAGCUGCUAGAAGCAUUAGCAAGAGCCCAGCUAGAAGCAUCAGCAGGAGCCCAGUCAGGAGCAGAAGAGGUAGAAGCAUAAGCAAGAGUCCCGUGAGACCUCGGUCCCGAAGAAGCAUCAGCCGGAGCCCAGUUAGGCCCAGGUCACGAAGAGGUAUCAGCAGAAGUCCUGGAAGAUCUCGGUCCAGAAGGAGCAACAGCCUAAGCCCUGUGAGAGGCCCAGGUCGAAGAAGUGUGAGCGGCAGGAGUCCCCCUCGAGGAACGAUUCGAAAGUCUAUUAGUAGAAGUCCUGCUAGAAUUUCUAGGAGGGGCAUUAGUAGAAGUCCUAUUAUUUCUUCUAGGAGAAGCAUCAGUAGGAGCUCUGGAGGACCUCCUUCAAGGAGAAGAAGCAGCAGCAGAAGUCCAAGGAGGGCACCAAUUAGGAGUCGUCGAAGUUAUUCAAGGAGCCGUAGCCCUGUAAGGAGGGUUAGAUCUCCUGAUCGCGGAGUUUCUUCCAGAAGUGUAUCUCCAGGUGGGUCCCCCAAGCGCAUUAGAAGAGGGCGGGGAUUCAGUAAUAGGUACUCGUAUGCCCGGAGAUAUAGAACCCCGUCGCCAGAUCGUUCUCCUGUGAGAUCAUAUCGUUACAGUGGGAGAAUUGAUCGUGAGAGGUAUUCCAGUUAUAGAAGGUACUCACCAAGGCGUUUCAGAAGCCCUCCAAGAGGCAGAACUCCUCCAAGAUAUAGAGCGAGGAGAGGGAGAACUAGGAGCCCUUCAGUGUCACGCAGCCCUCGAUACAGGAACCGUCGCAGGUACAGCAGAAGCCGUAGCCCGAUUCGCAGCCGAAGUCGUUCUCCGGUGGUUUCAAGGUCUCGAACUUCUCCCCAUGUUACUACCAAGCCGUCAAGGUCGCCUUCAAGUAGCCGAAGCCCUAGCAGCAGUCGCAGUCGCAGCCCGAGCCCUGCAGAUUCUAGGUCUUCGUUGGCUUCACCUUCCCCAAGGCGACAAGUAAGCGAAGACAGAUCAAGGUCGUCAUCUGGUAGCCCACCCAGUGGCAAGAAGGGGCUGGUCUCGUAUGAUGAUGGUUCCCCCGAUUCUAGCCCCAGGUGAAGUAGUUUGUCAGUGGCAGUUCAGUGAGUACAGGGCUUUAGACAUUCUCUUCUCAGCAAACGUCAACCGAUCAUUUGAUUGUACUGAAGUUGCCAUGGACUUCGUCCCUGGUGGACAAAUAGUUGCUGUUGCAUGCUGUUCCAGUUUGAGGCUGUGGAGGCCGAGUUUCACAUGCUCCUAUCUCAAUUGGAUCGACAAGGUGAAUGUGUAUGCUUUCAGGCGAAGCAAGAACUUGAUUAUGAGAAGAGUACUGCAAGAGUAGGUGGUGUAGAGAUUCAACCACCCUUAGAUAGCUUUGGUAACCCGUUCGGCAGAGGGGUUUUUGAGGAUUUCAGACUUUUCAGUUUCAGAGCCUUUUAGUGUUGUCCAUCUGCCUUGGGAGUUUUCAUUUAUAUCCAUGUUUUAGGCCGCUGGCUGUGUCAUUUGCUGUGUUAUUGGGAGGAGUAUUUACUGUUGCCUUGACCCCAAUUAGGCACUCUGGGAUUUUAGGUUCCUGCUGGUUUGCUUUUUAACUUCAGUUGUUGAUAUUUGGAUCUCCACUUCUAGUUCGUACUUUAUGUGCUUGUUAACUGUUGUGCUCC